CUUUUAUUGCCCGUCUGCCAUCUCCACAAAAAAGACACCCACGUACCCACGUCGCUGAUCCGCGACACGCACUGUUUGAUUAGCCUCGCUGGGAACAACGGGGAGGCCUCACCACCUCGCCAACUUCUCAAACCACCGUCAUCGUGGAUGCAACGCCUCUGUGUCCGCACCGCCCAUCAUCCUGGGAAAGAGUCCUUUUCUCGCAUCCUCGCCUUCAGCCCUCCGAGAAACUCCCCUGCUCAUCAAUUUGCUCGACCGUGUCAAGUCUACUUUCCAUCCGCACGCGUCAACCUCGUCCGGCACCCACCUUGCCGAGGAAUUGAGCGCCAUAGUCGUCUUACCUGGCGCUUGUUCUGUUCGCUCUGCUGGUUCAGCUGUCAAAUUCUACACACCUCCGUCGACCAGCCUUACAGUAACGUUCCUGGGUCAGGAUCGUCGACUCGUUUGACAAGCCCGCCCACCUACUCGGAAAACCACCUUCCACCUGCAAGAGCCUGGCUGUAUCUUCCAGCCUCGAUCCUAGUCCGAAACCACCGGAAGCUCGACACACGACCGUCUUUCUUAUGCUGACCAGACUUAACUGCGACGCGCUCAUCUCAUCAUCUCGUUCUGCUCAUGACUUGUUGAACAUCCUCACUCAUUCCUAUCCGACCUUGUCACUCUUUUCUCUUUGGCACCCAAGACCACCACUCGUUUACGGUCUCGUCGCCCCCCAACACUUCGGCGCCUUUGCCGUCUCAGAUACGUCCCACCCUGACUGAUACAUUUUCGUGGUGGGAAGACGAGACAGCCGAAGAGAAGGGGAAGCGCCACCCUCGUUCUCGUCGAGAUCACACAAAAAUACAUUCAUUGUUCGCACACACAACACACAUACACAUACCGUGGCAGGUGUCCGCCACCGCACCGCGUUGCGCAACCUCUUCAUCUUGAACUGGUCUGCCGCAGUCCGCAUUGACUGGUUCAAUCGUUCAAUUCGAAGGCCGCUAUUGCGCCGCCUCGAACUUCCCGAGGAAGCACUUCUCCUGAGACCACAUCCCUAAUGGAACAAUAACCGGUACACCAUCCCACAUCAUCGAGUCACUCUUUUAGUUCGUCAAACUUUAUUACACUCUUUAUUUGUUUCUCCUUUCAGCCAUUUUCACCAUGAACGUAUUCAAGAAGAAGGCCAAGGCCAAGGAUGAUGCAUACAUCAUGCCUCAGGCCGAGCGCGCUGGUAGUCCUUCGAUGUCAAAGAUGUCCCGAAGCCUGAAACGCAAGCAGAAAAAUGUCGUCGAGAUAAAACCGGAAAUCGAUCUUGCCAUGGCUCUUCCUGAUACCAAGGACUUCAGAACUAGUCUGCUGAUGCCCGGCCUCUCCGCCCGGUUCAGCAUGCUUAGAGAGCAGGAUGACCCGAACACAAAGGUCGGCAAGGCAAGCGACGACAGCGUACUGUUCCCAAAGCGAGCCUCUCGUCUCAAUGUCUUCGGUCACAAUGCCCUCACAGAUAUCGCCGAGGUCGAAUCCAUCCACACCCCCAUCAGACCGCCCUUUGCCGACACGGAGCGGUCUCACUCCUUUUCCGAAGUCGACGACACAGGUAGUGUUGUGAACCGAUCAAGACCGACAGACGGCAACAACCUCUUCAGCGGCCGUCAGAAAAUGUAUAGAAUUCCGGGGACUGGCUCCUCGAGAGAUUUGAGUGGCAGACAGACUCCUUUGACGUCCACCAAACACGUCUACCAAAACGACGUCGCCAUGUCGAGUUUCCAACAGCUUCGCCUUCAGGCGGGCCAUGAGCGGGAAGGGAGAGGAGAGGAGGAGGAGGACGACGAGCAGCGCGAUGAGUUCCCCGAACGCCCGGUCAGUACGGAGACCGAUGACCACGAACGCAGCAGCAUCGUGAACACUCCUUCUACAGGCUUCAGUAAAAGCAGGGCCACAACCUCCUCCGUCGCAUCUGGCCCCUCUAAUCGACGCACGUCAACAGCUGCCACUUCGGUGGUGUCCGACUCCCCUAUACCGAGGCAGAGCCAGCUGAGUGCUGGUUCUCACUCAAAGGGAAAUAACUCCGACUAUGGCAGCGAAGACAAUUUCCUGAGACGAAAUCCCUCCUCAGAAUCUCGAAAAGCAGCCCAAACUUCCGACCAGUUCAGCCAGCCUCCUCUACCCUCGUCGCCCUCUUUCAGCCGUGAUCUCUCCCAAUCCAAGAGUGUGACCAAUCUCUCCGAAAGGUACACCCGAUCAACAUCCCCAUUCCCCACACUUACUCCCCGAGCCAUAAGUCCUCCCCCUUCAAUCCAGACCCAAGGGUUGGCCUCGCUUGAUUUCGGCCUCAAGCCGUCGGUGGGCACUUUGAGGAGAUAUCAAACCGCUUCACCCACCGUGGACGACCAAGACGAUGAUGUCUACGCUAGAAGCUUGCAGCCGAAUGAUCGUGGGAAAGCCACCGCCAUGGGACUUUUCAACCGACCUCAGCAACAAUUCGAUGAACGAAAGUUCGAAGAAAGACAGUUGCAAAUGUAUGGAGCACAUCCCUCUGGCAAUGAGACGGAGCAUGACUCUGCGGAUCGCGGCAUUGACUCCAGCAAAGCAGCCAACCCUAGCAUUCCUUCUCCCGCAGCCUUCCCGCGUUCCCAAGAGCCAAACAGAGCUGCUGGUAGGUCAAGGGCACAAUCCGCUGCUUCGUCGACGGAUGCUGCCCAGGUCCAAGCCAAAGUUGAAGCGCUUAUCAGGCGACAAAAUGAAGAGUACAAAGCCAUUCAAGCAACUAAACCUGCUCCAGCAGCUCCAAAUAGCCGACCUGGAGUACCAAAGACGCUCAUGGAUCAGCCUGCAGCAACAAGGGGAACUUUCUUCAACGCCUCUGAUGGCAGUGAUGAGGAGGAGGAAGAGGCCGAUCUUGACAGUCCAAUGCUGGGUCGGUAUGAGCCGCCGCCUCGUCUAGCACCUAUGGAUGUGCAUCCGGCGCUCCGAGAUGAUUCUCAAGACUCUGAUUUUGGGGGACAAAUCUCUACUGUUCACGACGCCCGGCCGCAUUCAGAUGCAUCUGCCGAGACUUCUUCUCCUUCUGUCCUUCACGACACUCCUGAUACAUCCGAUUCUCUACAUCGCAUAUCCAACUCCAAAGAUGUUGACUCGCCUACGCUAGGACCAGCCACUGGUCUGGGACUGAGUGGCUUGAUUCGAACUCAUCUGCGACAUGACAGCGAUAGAUCGUCAAUGAUGCCGCCGCCAUCCCCUGGAAUGCUUCAAGGCCCGCAGGGGAACUCUUCCUUCCGUGAGCGGGAACCAUCCAUUGCUUCGACUGCCCGCACUAUCAAUCCACCUGAGAGCACGCAUAGCGACCCUUGGGAAUUUGACAAUGCGCAUCGUCACCAACGAAGUCCACUGGAGCCUUCAUCAAAUGAUCUUAUUCCAUCGAUGUCCCACAAAGCCCAGCAGAUCCUCGGGCAAGCUAUGUCCCACAGAAAUCAUGCGGCCUCGAAAGCUCAACAGGUCUUGGGCAGCAGUGCGCCUGCACCAAUGGACGAACAUCCAGCAACAAGACAAUGGCAGAAUGACAUGAUGCCAAGUCAUCAUCGAGAGGAGAGCACCGAGACUCAAAAAGAAUUCGGCAAUGAGCUCGCUGAGCGUGCUCGAAGAAUUCAGGAGGGUCUGAAAGGAGUGGUCGAAGCCGAGAAGCGCUCACAAAGCCCCGGGCCACGUCCAGCGCUCCAGAACCCAGCCGCCCAGGCAUUGCACGCACUUCGACACAAGACAAGCAAGACGUCUCUUGUUCCCAGAGAUAAUGAGCCUCAGCCUAAAGCGAUGAAGAUGCUGGGAAUCAAUGCCGCCGCAAGCCCAGCGAUGGGAGGGAGGUCGCCGAAUGUGGGUGGUCGGGCUGAGUUUGAUGAUAGCUACGACGAAUACGGAAGGCGGCCUCCUCCAAGACAACGGCCGGCCGAUCUCGAGAGCUCUAAUGGCCGACUAACACCAGGACCAUCCCGACCAGGACCAUGGCAACACCACUCGCAAGAAGAAUUUGAGCGGUCACGCCAACGUUCCGCGACUCCAACUCUCAAGGGACAGAGACGCGAUCGAGCAGAGUCUGAGGCUGCUGAGAGGUCACGCAGCAGAACAGGUCGCUACCGAGAAGAAAAACCACAUCCACCAACUGAAUAUGGCAGACAAGGCCCUUUCCAACGUGGGGAGCAGCAACGUUCCUACGGUCCUUCUCAUGGCCCUCACGGCCAUCAUGGACCUCCCCGCGGUCCGCCUCCAGUCGAGGGUCGAAAUUACGAGAGAUCCGCCUCAGCCAUGUCAAAUCGACGACCCAGUGGUACUCGGCCAGGACCAUCAGGCUACUUUGACGGCCGGGCAGCAACCCCUACAAUGACGGGCACUCCGCGGCUAGGAGAAGGGGCAACGGCACUGAACGCGCCGAGACCUUCACCUCGCCCACCUUUUCCUCACUCUCCUAUCAGCCCUUUUGCCCCUCCUGGGUUGUCGCCCGGUCUUCCUGGUCACCCUUCCGCCUUCCCAGCUGCCCUUCCAUCGCCCUCUGGACCAAUCCCACAGCCUCCUACAACUACUGGUCGAUCAACACCAAACGAGAACAGGCAGACUAUGAUUAGCGCACGCAAGAAGUCCGUCACUAAAGGGAUGAUUUCUGAACCUACAUUCAUAUCCAGCACUUCUUCGGUCCCUCUUGUCGGCCUACCCAAUGGACCUCGCCCAAGGGAGAUUGCCAUUCCGCCGGUUCCAGCAAUGAAUCCACAACGCCGACGUGCUGGCACCAUGACUGAAAGUACUGAUGGGUAUUCUAGUUCUCGGGUCGGCUCACCUAUGCCUUCAACGCCAGCCUCACCCAGCGUUCAAGGAUUCGGACCAACAGCUACUCAGCAUGCAUUCAUCGAUCAACAGCAACAGCAACAUAAGCCAGCUCCUCGUCAGCGAAACAGAUUGAGGAAGAUCAGCAGUGAAGGCGGCAGCAUGGCUGCUAAAGCGCGGAACCAGGCCAUGUUGGCCGAGUUUGGUCGAGAGAAACUGCGCAGCCCCGCGUUGCCAGUCUUCCCGAACAGAAGCGCGACGUCCCUAGGCCUGCACCAAGACGGCGGCAUGUUCUGAAAUAUCGGCAAUCCUCGUCACAUGGCAAAAUCAACCUUCUGAACAAACAUCUUUUCCUUUGAACAUCCUGUGUUAGUAUGUGUAUCACGGCAUAAUGGUUUGAAUAGUGGACAUGCGCUUUUUCUUUCUUGAGACGGCCUCGGUUAGAUUUUUCAAGUUUUGUAUGGUACGGCGACGACCUUUUCCUGGGAGACUUUUGUCGCUAGAUUACGACCAAGAUUCCCAUAUAACAGGGACAGAGUAUGAUAUGUGGGCUGACGCUUUUUGGGGCACAUUGUGCAGACAUUGUCAAGGCGGAUUGAAGCGGACAAGGAGUAUCGCAAUUGGGAACAAAAGUGAAAAGUGUAAGGUGAAUACAAGGAAUCUAGCUUGUUUACCUUAGUUAGGAUACCCGAGACACGAAUGUGGAAAUGCAAUGCUACGGUCUGUAAAAGCUGCUAGCCUGGAACUGA